AUGUUCAAAGGUACCAGAAGAGCAGGCUUCACGGUGGCGACACCAUUGAAUACUCCGAUUGUGAUGCACAAAGUCGGUAAAGCACAACAUGUUUCAAAGGAUGAUGUACUCGGUUUCCUAGAAAAAUUCAUCACCGAAAAGGAAUCAAUAGAUUCUGUUAAUACCAAUGGUGCUUCAACUAUUGUUGAUGGUCAAGAUAAUAAUGAAGAGAUAUCUGCUACUUCUGUCACAAUUUUGAAUAUAGAUACAAAUUUAUCAAGUGCCAUUUCUCAAUUGAAAAGAGUACAGAGAGAUUUUAAAGGUUUACCACCACUUUCUUUUACUCCAGUCACUAAUAAUCCUGUUAACCCUGCCUCCAAUACAAUUGAAGAAGUACCUGCUACUUCUGUGACGACAGAACAUGGUGAAGAAACUGUAACUACUUCCGCUACAGGUGGUAAAAAAGUUACUUUUGACGAGUAA